AUAUUUGUUUAACCCAUUUAUAACACUUCCCCAUAACGACUCAGAGUCGUGACGAUGCCCUCUGGCUCCACCUGCGCUUCCUCCACCUGUCGACACAGGAAGUCCCAUUCCAGCCUCCACCAAUCCGCGCCGCAGUUUCGCGCUCCCGCACAGUGGGGGAGGGGGGGGGAUGUAAAUACUGCGUUGACAAAUCAGAGAGAAAUCCCCCCUUUAUUUAACUAAAAAAAAUUGUUUUUUUGCGAAACCCUAGUGGCGUCGUGACGCGUCCUUUGCCCGGCAGCGGAUUGCUUUUUUUUGGGGGGGGGGGGGACGAGGGACGAGGCAGGAAACCGGAUCUGUACGCGGUGAACAUAACGAGCAUCCACCGGAGCGGAUUUACCAAAACACGGCGGUGGCGAAGCGGAACAGCCGACCGGGGGAGAUGGGGAGAGUGGCGUUUGUUAGCUGCGUGUGUCCGCUGCUGGACGAGUGAUCGUUCCCGGUGACCGUUCGUCAGGGUUUUGAUUUUUAGGGGGGAUUAUCUCCGCUGUGCCACCGAGAGAAGCUUCCUCCUUCCCUCCGGCCGGCCUGACACCAUCGCCCGGUCGUCGCUGAAUGAAUCAUCGCCGUCAUCACUGGCUGCUGCUGGUGGUGUUGGUGCUAGUGUUGGUGGUGGUGGAGGGGUUAGGGAUGCUGUCACUGUACUCUUAACACACCAAAAAAAAAGGAAAACACAAACACACACACACACACACACACACAACAGCAGCUCGCGCACGUCCCCGCGCGUCCCCCCGGGAGCCAGCAUGGAGGAGAUCCUGCGAAAACUGCAGAAGGACGCGUCCGGCCACAAGCACAAAGCCAUCCGCGACGCCUGCGUCUACGCCCGCGAAACCCUGGAGUCUCAGAAUGGAUCAGUCAAGAUUUCCCCUUCAAAGCUUCGGGAGCGCUGUCUGCUGCCUCUCCAGAUGGCUCUGGAGUCUAAAAACACCAAACUGGGACAGACGGCGCUUACUGGGAUGCAGAAGCUCCUGUGCGAGGACAGGUUUGUGGGCGGGGUCAGCCGGGAGGUGGAGGUCCUGGAGAAGCAGCUGCUCAGCCAGAUGUUGGAGGCCAUCAGAGUCACGCCAUCCCUCCACGAGGACUUGCAGGUGGAAGUCAUGAAGGUCCUGCUGUGCAUCACCUACUCACCCAACUUUGACAUCAAUGGAGACUCCAUCCUGCGCAUCGCUGAGGUGUGUAUCAAGACCUACAUGUCCAGCUGUCACCAGCGCAGCAUCAACACGGCGGUGCGGGCCACACUGAGUCAGAUACUGGGAGACCUGACGCUGCAGCUGAGGCACAGACAGGAGGGGGCCGACGGAGACGAGGUGACAGCCGUGCCGCUGCACAGGAGAGAUAUUUCUCCCACCAGCCAGGCGCUGUGUGAAGAUGUGGUGACGGUUCUGACUGUGUUCUGUGAAAAACUGGAGUCGGUGGACAGUGAGAACCAGCUCCUCCAGCUCUUCUACCUGGAGUGCAUCCUCUCGAUGCUCAGCAGCUGCCCUCCCACAAUGCACCUGUCCAGAGGCUUCACCGACCUUGUGUGGAAGCAGCUGUGUCCGUCACUCGUGGCGAUCAUGGGAAAUCCUGUCAACGACAAAACAAUCGCUUCCCACCACGGCUACGCGGCGCCGUCGGACCGCCCCUCGGACAGACACGUUCUGGGAAUGGGCCAGGAGGUGGACUCCUCCGCCGGAGGGGUGUCCGAUCAGGGCAGGGGCUCCGGCUGCUCCUCCAGCGCCCCCGCCAGGAUCGCGGCGGUGGUGCGCACGGUGUGCUACGUCGCCGCGGAGCUGGUGCGCCUGGUGAGCUGCGUGGAGUCGAUGAAGCCGGUGCUGCAGUCGCUGUACCACAGGAUCCUGCUGUACCCGCCUCCCCAGCACCGCACCGAGGCCAUCCGCAUCAUGAAGGAGAUCCUGGGCAGUCCGCAGCGGCUCUACGACCUCGCCGGCCCAUGCGUGGCCGAGCCUGAAACCCGGAAGCGCUCCUUCUCAAAGAGGAAGUCCCACCUGGACCUGCUUAAACUGGUGAUGGACGGGAUGACCGAGGCCUGCAUGAAGGGGGGCAUCGAGGCGUGCUACUCGUCGGUCUCCUGUGCCUGCGCCCUCCUCGGGGCGCUGGAGGAACUGUCGCAGGGCCGCGGCAUUCAACCCGAGCAGGCGCCGCUUCUCCUCAGGCGACUCGCGGACAUGAAAGACGGGACGGAGUCGACGCGCGAGUCCAUGGAGAUCAACGAGGCCGACUUCAGGUGGCAGAGACACAUCCUGUCCUCUGAGCAGGCUCCCUGGGAGCCGUGCUCCUCCUCUUUCUCCUCCUCCGCCGCCCCCGCCAACGUGGCCGCCGAGCGCAGCCCCGACAUCAGCAUCAGCAUCACCACGGAAACGGGCCAUACCACUGUGGAUCUGGAGCCGGUGGAGCUCGCCGCGGGUCUGGCCCAGACUACUCCCGAGGAGUGUGGGGAGGACGCCCGCCUCCCCCCGCUCGCACCCCGUGGGGAGCAGGAGGGGAGCGAGCUCGCGGCGACCCAGGGGAGCGGACGGGAGGAGGGAGGACGUGCGAUGGAGGUCGAGGGAAGAGGAGAAAAAGACACAGCUGGAGGAGGAGGAGGAGGAGGAGGUGGUGGUGGAGAAAGAGGAGCUGUUGUUCCUCCAGAUGUGGUGCAGCGAAGUCACGGCCUCGUCUACCCAGACAUCACCAACUUCCUGUCUGUGGAGUCCAGGACCAGGGGGCCCCCCGGGGGGGGGUCGCGAUACAGCGAGAGCAACUUCAGCAUCGAGGAACAGGACUUGUCGCGCACCGAGUUCGACUCGUGCGACCAGUACUCGAUGGCCGCGGAGAAGGACUCGGGCCGCUCCGACGUGUCGGACAUCGGCUCCGACAACGCCUCGCUGGCGGACGAGGAGCAGCAGCAGCAGCAGACGCCUCGGGACUGCCCGGGCCACCGCUCGCUGCGCGGCGCCGCCCUGUCGCUCAAACUGCUGCGCAACCAGGAGGCCGACCAGCAGGGCGCCAGGCUGUUCGUGCAGUCGCUCGCCGCGCUGCUGCCCCGGCUGCUGGGACUGGCCUCGGCCGGCGAGGUGGACCUGUCGCUGCAAAACUUCUCCUCGGCCUUCUGCUCCGGACUGCAGGCCGGUGGGAUCCACUCCCCGGGCUUCGAGGCAGGAGACACCCUGAGCUGUCAGUCCCUGAUGAACGCGGACGGCCUGUACCUGGUGUCCUACUACGCUCUGCUGCUCAGCCUCAAACUCUGCUGCUGCGACUACUACCGGCGCCGCACGCUCGCACCCGUCCUCAGCCUGAAGGAGUUUGUGCGUCUGAUCCAGAGCAGCGGCGUCCUCGUGGUUCUCUCUCAAGCCUGGAUCGAGGAGCUCUACCGCCAGGUGUUGGAGCGCAACCUGCUGGGCGAGGCCGGGUACUGGGGCUCCCCGGAGGACCACACGCUGCCGCUCAUCACCGUGCUGACAGAUAUUGACGGUCUGGGCAGCAGUGCGAUUGGAGGACAGCUGAUCAGGAGAGCGUCCAGCAGAUCGCCGCUCAGCUGUGCCAAGGCGGACAGUGACACGGUGUUGGCAGGCGCAGUGUUCUCGCGCUUCAUCCUCACCGGCGUGUGGAAGAACCUGAUCGACGUGCUGUCCACGCCGCUCACCGGCCGCAUGGCGGGCAGCUCCAAGGGCCUUGCGUUCAUCCUGGGGGCGGAGGGGGUCAAGGAGCAGAGCCAGAGGGAGCGGGACACCAUCUGUCUGAGUUUGGACGGCCUGCGCAAAGCGGCGGCGCUCAGCUGCGCUCUGGGUGUGGCUGCCAACUGCGCCUCGGCUUUGGCCCAGAUGGCCGCAGCCUCCUGUGUGCAGGAGGAGAAGGAGGAGAAGGAAGGCGGCGAGAUGGGCGACGCCAUCACACAAGUGAAGCAGCGCGUUGAACAUCGUCUGGAGCAGAUCGGUCGUCCUCAGGGAGUCCGCCUCCACACGGCUCAUGUGCUGUGUAUGGACGCCAUCCUGAACGUAGGCCUGGAGAUGGGGAGCCACAACCACGACUGCUGGCCACAUGUCUUAAGGGUGACCGAAUACGUCAGCUCGUUGGAGCACGCCCACUUCAGCGACGGCACCUCCCAGCCGCCGUCUCUGACCACCAUCACCCAGCAGAGCCAGCAGGCGGGCGCCGUGGACCUGGGCACGGAGCUGAGCUGCGAGCCCAGCCCGGAGGCCUCGGAGCUGGGCCUGAGCCGGCCGGUCAUCCAGCCCCUGUCCAUCCAGGAGCUGCUGAGGGAGAGCAGCCGAGGACGGGGCCUGGACCUGAAGAGCGGCAGCCUGAUGACCGGGACCAGCGCCGCCAAGGCCGUGUGUACACUGUCUACGCAGGCCGACCGGUUGUUUGAAGAAGCCGUCACCAAGCUGAACCUGGUCGGGCUGGUGGGCUUCUUGCAGCAGCUCAGGAAGGCGUCUCAGUCUCAGCUGUUUGACUCCGUCACUGAAACCGGAGACUAUUCUCUGGCAAUGCCAGGGGAGGCCAAGUCGACCCUGGACCGGCGCAGUGCUCUCCAUCUCUUCCGCCUGGGCGAGGGCAUGCUGAGGAUCGUCAGGAACCGCAACCGACCGCUGCUCCACAUGAUGCGGGCCUGGAGCGUCGUGGCACCGCAUCUGGUGGAGGCUUCGUGUCACAAAGAGCGCCACGUGUCCCAGAAGGCCGUCUCCUUCAUCCACGACGUGCUCACCGAGGUGCUGACCAGCUGGCCGGAGCUGCCGCACUUCCACUUCAACGAGGCGCUGUUCAGGCCCUUCGAGCACAUCAUGCAGCUGGAGCUGUGUGACGAGGACGUCCAGGACCAGGUGAUUACGUCGAUAGGCGAGCUGGUGGAGAUGUGUUCUCCUCAGAUCCUCUCAGGCUGGAGGCCUCUGUUCAGCGCUCUGAGGACUGUCCACAGCAGCAAGAGCGACACCAAGGACUACCUGCUGGGAGAGUACUCCAUGGGGAAGUCCCAGGCACCGGUGUUUGACGUCUUCGAGGCUUUCAUCAACACCGACAACAUCCAAGUCUUUGCCAACGCUGCGACCGACUACAUCAUGUGCCUCAUGAAGUUUGUCAAGGGCUUAGGAGAAGUGGACUACAAGGAGAUCGGAGACUGUGUCCAUGUGUCUGGUUACAGCUCCACUGACCUCUGCCUGCCUGCUCUGGACUACCUACGCAAAUGUUCGCAGCUGCUGGCAAAGAUCUACAAGAUGCAGACCAAGCCCGUGUUCCUGGGGGCGCGGCUCGCCAGCCUGCCGAUGAGAUGCCAGGAGCGCUCCAUCAGCACCGAGGACGGGAUGGACUGCGUCCUGCAGGAGUUUGACGACGAGACUGGGCUCAUCCAGGUGUGGAUUUUGUUGCUGGAGCAGCUGACUGCGGCGGUGUCAAACUGCCCCCGCCAGCACCAACCUCCGACCCUGGAGCUGCUCUUCGCGCUGCUCAGGGAGGUCUCCGCCGUGCCAGGUCCCGGGUUCGCCAUCUUCUCCGUCAUCCAGCUGCUGCUUCCCGUCAUGUCGCUGUGGCUGCAGCGUAGCCACGGCGACCACUCCUACUGGGACGUGGCCGCGGCCAACUUCAAACACGCCAUCGGCCUGUGCUGCGAGCUGGUGGUGGAGCACGUCAACAGCUUCAUACACUCAGAUAUCGGUUGCGAGUCCCUGAUCAACCUGAUGCUGAAGGAUCUGUUCAAGCUGCUGGUGGCGUGUGUGUCUGAGCCGGCAGAGACCAUCUCCAGAGUGGGCUGCUCCUGCAUCAGGUACAUCCUGGUCACCGUGGGCCCAGUGUUCACAGAGGAAAUGUGGAGGUUGGCCUGCUGUGCCCUGCAGGACGCUUUCUCGGCUACUUUAGAGCCCGUCAAGAACCUCCUGGCGUGUUUUCACAGCGGUUCGGACAGUUUUUCCGGAGACGCCUGCGAGGUGAAGGUGGCGGCUCCGUCCCACUGUCCUUCGGCCGAGGCCGAGUACUGGAGGAUCAAAGCCAUGGCUCAGCAGGUCUUCAUGUUGGACACCCAGUGCUCCCCGAAGACGCCCAACAACAAGGAGGGCUUCGAGCACGCUCAGUCCUGCGUUCUGGUCAUCGAGCUGCCGACGGACCAGCAGGCCAACGGGCGCGCUCCGAAGAGGAUUCCGUUCCGCACCAUCGUGGUCAGCCUGUUGUCGCACCAGGUCCUGCUGCAAAACCUCUCCGACAUCCUGCUGGAGGAGUUCGUCAAGCAGCCCGACGGCACCGAAAGGGUCACACCCGUGACCCCUGACCCCGGCCGUGCCUCCGCUGGCUUCCUGCGCUACAUCUCCAUGACCAACUUGGCCACAAUCCUGGAUCUGCUGCUGGACUCUUACAGGACAGCGAGAGACUUCGACACUCGGCCCGGCCUCAAGUACCUGCUGAUGAAGGUGUCGGGCGUCUGUGGAGCGGCGAAUCUCUACCGUCAGUCCGCCAUGAGCUUCAACCUGUACUUCCAGGCGCUGCUGUGUGCCACCCUGAGCCAGGCCGACAGCAUGACCGCACAGCAGGUGAAAAGGAUGCUGCGUGAGGAAGAUGAGGGGAGCUCCGAUUCUUCUCACCCUGGCUCUGCUUCCUCAGAGGACGAGGACAUCUUUGAAGAGACUGCACAGGUCAGCCCCCCCCUCGGCCGGGACAAACGUUAUCACUGGCGGGCCCCCGUCCCGUCCCUCAGCGUGCAGCCGCUGAGCAGCGCCGACUGGGCGUGGCUGGUCAAGCGCCUCUACAAGCUGUGCAUGGAUCUGUGCAACAGCUACACCCAAAUGCACCGCGACCUGGAGAGCACGCUGGAAGACAUGGCGCUGCAGAGAGGCGGGGGGGCAGGAGGUGGAGGAGGAGAUCACGUCUUCUUCCUGCCUCUCUUCCCGUCCGAGACCUCCACUCCGACUUCGGCGAGCGGGCUGUCGGCGAGGGGGACGCCGUCGGAGGACGGCGCCUACAGGUGCCAGGCGGCCGACAGCGCCGCAUCCCCGGGGGACACGCCCACCCCCAGCCCGGGAUUCAGCUGCACAGGGAGCCUGCCCCACCACAUCCGGCCGGAAGGCGAGAGGAGGGACUCCGGGACAGCGGGAGGCGCCGCCGCCGCCGGGGGAGGACGGAGAAAGGAAUGGUGGGAAAGCGCCGGAAACAAACUCUACACCAUCGCCACGGACAAGACCAUAAGCAAGCUGAUGAUGGAGUACAAACGCAGGAAACAGCAGCAGCCGCCGCAGCAGCAGAGCCACGUCAACCUGUUCAUGAAGGAGCAGGGCCGGGCGGCGGCGGCGGCAGGAGGUGGCGGCGGCGGCGGCGUGGGGGAGAGGCCCCUGCAGAGGCCCCAGCAGCUGGUGGACCAGCAGGCUCCCCCCAUGAGGCACUCGGUCAGCGCCGGACCCGAGGUUCUGAGGCAGGAGAAGAGACCGCGGUCGGGAUCCACCAUCAGCUCCCACGGCGUCUCUCUGAGGGACUCUGAGGCGCAGAUUCAGGCAUGGACCAACAUGGUCCUGACUCUCCUCAAGCAGAUCCUCCUCCUGUCGGACCCCUCGUUCCUGGCGCUGCAGCCGGCGCUCUACCCCUGCCUCGGCCAGCUCUCCUGCCACGUGACCGACGGCCGCGUCCGCCAGGCGCUGCGCGAGUGGCUGUGCCGCGUCGGCCGACUCUACGACAUCAGCGCGUGACGCUCGCCGCCGGCCCCGAGGAAGCGGACGCGGCGAACGCCGAGCGAGGUCUUGAGGGUCCACGAGCGCGCCGGCUGCUGGUCCCGGAUGUCAUCACGCUUUUGAACAAUGCCACUUGACAUUACAGGAACCGUGUGUAGGAUUUGGCGGCAUCUGGCGUGUGUGGUCGCGUGUUGCGACCAACACGGAUGCACUGAACACUGAUUCUUAUCCUCAACGCCGGCCCUUUAAGUGAUUGUCAGAUGAGAGGAUGUUUGUGAGAAUGAAGGGUUUAGUGUGUUUCAGAAGGAUUCUUUGUAUUUCUCGGAAAGCUACUGUGUAAAAGCUUUGACUUAAUACGAUAUGCUUGUUUUGGCUCAUGCGCUCAUCAUCUUGUCGCAGUAUUGUCUCCCAAUGCUUGAUAAACAACCAUAUUGAAUUAUUGCUUCGGGCAGACUUUGAAGUGCAGAGUUUUCAUUAAUGUUAAGUUUAUUUGCCUUUUUUUUUUUAUAUAGAGCGGCUGUUGGGGAGCUCAAUGGCGUAGAAUUAGAUUCUUGCAGCCAUCUGUCAGAGUGUUUUAUUGCUUCCAUGAGCUGUGGACACUUCCUCAUCAGAGCUCCAUGGGGGGGUUAAAAUUUGCUUGGGCCACUCAAUAUUGUUAUAUUUAUUUACUCCGAAUCAGAGCGCGAGGUCCGUUACAUUCGACAGAGACGUGUUUUACAUUCGGACCGAUUGUACAUAAAAGUGUUUUUGCUGCAUUUUCUGUAUCCAGCUUUAAAUACUGUGCGGCCACAUUCAUCACCUUGAACUUAAUGUCUGAAUGUUUAUUAUUCACCCUUUGAAGUUCUGGAAUUAUUGUGUCACCAAAGGAGCUAUCGAGUAUUUAAACCAAAACCCACUCGUAUGUGUAAUUUAAUGUUGAAUGCCAAUAAUAUUGCUCUUUAUGUGUUUCAGUGUAUUUAUGUAAAUGCUUUGUCAUUAAGAUACUUAAUUCUAUUUCUCUAAUUCUUUUCAUAUGCGGCUGACACAUUAAGCUCCAACUAAUGAGUUGAUGGGGUUUUUUUUCGGAUCAGUUAUAAGAGCCAAAGGUGACGCCUUCUUCAUUUGCUGUGGAUCUUUUCCUCUGACGAAACAAUCACCGCCCAAACGUCCCACAUUUCAACAUUUAAGACGCGCAUGUUGCCAUGACGUUCUUGAUCACACGGCUUUGUACUCUUUGCUACCCAUCGCGUUGACAAGUGUGUCUUUGCAAGAAACCUAAUUGUGUAUCUCAGUUUACUCUUCGCCCCAAGUGUUUGCUGCAAGAAGCUGUAAAUAUUGAUUUAGCUGUUGUUGUUUUUUUUUUUUUUAAGACGAGCGGCGACCUGCAGGCGCGUUAAAAGUCAAGCAGAUUGAGAAGUGCCUUAAACUUUGCAUUCUGGGGACCAUCAGGAGCGUCUCCUCCGGUUGCCUCAAAUAAGUCUCAUCGAGAGACGGAUUCUAGAGUUCAUCAUCUCAAAUGCUACUUAGUGGCCUUCUCCAACACAGCAUGAUGUUCAUUUUAUAAAGUAUAGUCCUUUUUGGAGUCAAACAGACCAUGAAGCUGGGGGUAGAUUUAGGGGCGGGCUUGCUGUGAUUGACGGCUUGCUGUCCGCUUGUUUUCGUCGCAUUUCAUGUCAAAAGAAGAUAAUUGUUGCAUUCAGUUGUGUAAUGUUCUGGGGCUUUUAUGACCGAGCCCCCUUUACCGUGUGUGCAAUUGUUAAAUGUAUAUUAUUCCUAAGAAAUGAAUGGAAUUCGUGUUAAACACCUCCCAAAUCCAUCUUCAUCACAUCUGCUCCCACGCAGUCCUCCUUUCCACCGUCCCAACAGUUUGACAACCGGCUUUGCAUUGUCCCGCCUUCUGUCCCGUCCCGUCUCUGCUGUCCCUCGACCCCGGUUCGGCGUCCCUGACCUGUCCCCCCCCCGCCGUUUGAGGAUGAGCAUCGUGCGGACCAGAUGUUGUGUGAUCAGAGGGGGGGGGAUUUAUUUGGUGUUAAGUCCGUGCCAGCGUUUCCAUCUAAAAAAUUAAUAAAUAAUAUAAAGCAGUGGAAUUAGGUUUCGCUUUGUGUUGAUUUCAUUCAUUUAUUCAUUCAUUCAUUCACUCACUGGUCCCAGCAUAAGUCUUGCGGAUAUCGGAUAUGUGUUUUUCUAUUUUGACCACGACUCUUUUUGUGCCCAGAGGUAAAGGUCACACUGAUUUCGGGACGGUUUGUGAUCUGCACUCUUGAUGCGCUGCCGUCCCCGUAAAACAUUUCUCCACAAAGUCUUUAAAGCUCUUUCCUGCUUUCUGUUAUUGCGAAAGCGCCUUCUUUUGUCCUUUUUGCUGGGGAACUGUAAUCGCAUUUGUGCUGAUAACUUACAGUGAAACCAUCUGCAGUUGAGUGUGCGUCCCGAGGGAUUAUUGGGUCUGUGAGCAGAUUGAAGUUGGUGACCUAAUACGAUCAAACCCAAGAAAGAUUGCUGGUACGUCUCAAAAGAACGUUUAAAAAAAAGAAGCGUAAAACAAUCUUUUGUUUGUUUUGGGAGAAUUUUUGCUUGUAACAAUACAAAUGAAAGUGGAUUUUGGACAAUUUAGAUGACGGUUGAUUAUAUUUGGCUUUGUUUUUUUUGCAGAUUGUGGUUUUGUUGGCAGAGUGAAAGCAAAGCAGGUUUAACUCUGCAUGUUGCAGUCUGCGCAUCACCCAGAAAUGUUCCAUCGUGGGGGGUGGGGGGGGAGGACAUUCAACGGCGUGGGAUUAGAUCGUACGUUUGUACGUUGUUUUAGUUGCAGCUCAGUUUGAAUGUGUCGGUGUUCCUGCAGGGGAGCGUGCACACCGUCCCCGGUGCUUGCUGCACGCUCCUCCGCGUGUUUGACCUCAAACGCCUCGCUGCUGGUCCGGCAUCAGCGGCUCGGCGGGUGUGGUUUCACUGAAGUGCAUUUGUUCCUGCUUCUUUUUGAUAUCAAAUAAAGGCACCUGAAAUCUC